AUGGGUGCAAUCGAGGAUGCAGUUAAUUAUUUGAAUUCCUUGGGAGAAGACGAACCGAUUAAUUUCACUUUACUUACAAAAAUGUAUGGUGUUGAUCGGACUACGCUCUCGAGAAGAUACCGAGGCGUUACGGGCUCGAAAGAAGCGCAUUACGAUAAUCAACGAUUACUCAACGACCACCAAUCCAAAAAGCUUAUACAAUGGAUAGAAAUGCUCUGCGAAAAAGGCCUGCCACCUACGCCCUAUAUGAUUGCAAAUUUUGCGCAUGAGAUAACUGGUAGAAAGCCUGGAAAGAACUGGGCUUCUCGCUGGUUAAACAAGCAUCCAAAUGCGUUGGUUUCUCGCUAUUCUACAGGCAUUGACCGCAACCGAAAAAGAGCAGAUUGCGCCUGGAGUUAUGCUCUCUAUUUUGAGCUUAUAAGUCGCAAGAUUGAGCAGUAUAAUCUUCAGCCAAAUCAAAUUUACAAUAUGGAUGAAAAGGGCUUUGCGAUUGGGAUUAUGACAAGUCAAAAAAGAGUCUUUUCUCGGCGAUUAUAUGAAAAGAAGUUCAAGCAAUUUCUUCAAGAUGGGAAUAGGGAGUGGAUUACUACAAUUGCUUGUAUUUGCGCAGAUGGAACUGUUAUCUCUCCAGCUUUGAUCUAUAUGGCCAAAUCCGGUAAUCUACAGGAUUCCUGGUUUCAAGAUCUUACUACGCAAAAAUGCUACUUUGCAGCUUCUGAAACAGGAUGGACAAAUAGUGAGACUGGUUAUCAUUGGUUGGAGGAAGUUUUUGAGAAAGAAACAAGAUCUCAAGCAAGCCGGGGAUGGCGCCUACUGAUUCUUGAUGGUCACAAUUCUCACCCUCUUGACGUCGGCUUAUUUGCACCUCUUGCCACCAAUUACACCAAGGCUUUAUAUAAGUUUCUUGAAGAAACUCAAGGGAUAAGCCGUCUUACUAAACGCGACUUUUUUCGACUUUUUUGGGCGAGUUGGGAGAUCUCUUUUACUAAGAAAAAUAUCAACUCUGGCUUCAAAAGCACAGGUUUGGUUCCUUUCAAUCCGGAGGUGGUUUUACAGCGUUUUAAUCAGAAAUCUGAAAGCCGGCCAUCCUCAGCUGGUUCUACAGCUUCAAUUCUUUCGCCUGAAGAGUGGAGGGAUAUUCGCAAACUUCUUAGAAAGAUUGGAGGCAAAAAUCCUAGCAGAGACUUCAAAAUGCUAAGCAAUACAGUUAUGGAGCUUACUACAGAGGUUAUACUACUUAGAUUGCAACUUGCAAGCGCAGAAAAGGCUCUGUUGAAUGAAAAGAGGCGCCGAAUUAGGAAAAAGCCAUUAUUAUUAGGUUUACCUAAUGAAAAUGAAGGUGGUGCGAUAUUUUUUAGCCCUUCAAAGAUUCAGCAGGCCCGAGAACUACAACAACAAAAAGAGGAUCAAGCCAAGCAGGAAAGAGCUAAGAAAGAAGAUAAAAAGCUUCAACAACAGCUUGCAAAAAAAGCUAAAGAGAAAGAAAAGCAAGAAAGGGCUCAAAUCCGUCAACAAAAGCGAGAAGAACGCGUGCAAGAGGCUGCCGAAAAACAACGCCAAAAACUCGAGGAAAAACUAGCCAAGCAAGCUGAUUUGCAGCUUUAA